AUGCGUUUCUUUCAGUUCUUCGCUGCUGCUGCUCUGGCCGCUCCCCUUGUCUUGGCCGCACCAACCUCGAGCACCUUUGCCAACACCGCAACCAUUGAUCUCACCUCCGACUUGACCGCCGAUCCUCACUAUGCCACUGCUCUUUGGCAGGUGAAGGGAAAAUACCCUGGCAUCAGUGAAGAAGACGCCCGAACUGCUGCUCUGGGCUACUUGGAGGCAAUUGGUGUGCAGACCACCGGCGCUCCUCCGAAUGACACUAACUCUCUGGCUGAACGUGACAUCGAGAAGCGUUGCUGCAGCGGCUGUGACCAGGGCAACUGCAUCAUUGCUAUUUUCCUCCUCGGCUUCUGCUGCAUCGGCUCGUAG